AUGGAGCAAUUUAAAAAGGGCGAACGGGAAGAGCAAAGGAGAAAAGCGGAAAAUGAAGAAAAUGCACAAAAUGAAGAAAACGCACAAAAUGAAGAAAACGCACAAAAUGAAGAAAACGCACAAAAUGAAGAAAACGCACAAAAUGAAGAUUAA